AUGACCGUGGCCCCCAGUGGAGAGCCACUGCCUUCACGAAAACUUCCGGCACUUUAUCAUCAGACAGUUCCAGCAACACCACCCACGCUUGCCAGCACUGCCACCACGUUUCUUGGUUCUCGGCGCGCAGGGGUGGAAUCAGCCAGCUCUGCAUCUGAUUGUUGGGGCCUAUCUGCUACGAGUUGGGCAACCUUGCCUGCGAGAAACGAGGCAGAGCUGUCUCGACUAGAGAAGGGUGUGAUUCCCGUUCGGCGGUCGCAGGGCAUUUGGGACCAAGCGAUGCCCCUUCUACCACCGUCGCCGGUGCGGAAGAAGCUUUCUCAACGACCGAAGUACGAUGUGCCACUUCUGGAUCUCCGUGACAUGUCGUGGUGUUCCAUCGGAGAUGAUUCGCCAAUGGAGCCGCAGAGCCCACAGAGUUCUUGUCGUGAGCACACAGCGAGUGUGACAUCUAUACCGGGUCGGCUGGUGACCUCGGAAUGUCCCAAGAGUGACGCCGUCACACAGGAUCGAAGACUUUGUCCUGGCUUCGGGUGCAAGAGAAGACCGAGGAUGCUUGUGGGCGCCUCGAAGACCGCACGAGAGACGCGGAGUCGGGAAAAGCUGCUGCCGAUCGCUCCAAAAGCAAACAGGAGCUUCUUUUCAAAUUUCGCGGCCGAGUCCAACGAACGUGUGGUGUGUAUUCGGAAAACCAAAGUCAAGCUCAGUCUGUCUGGCUCCAGGCGGAGCGUGCUGGCGGAGCCGGAGGUAUCAUGGAGCUAUCCGCGCCUUAAAGGGCGCGAUGGGAGUGCAUCAGAGGUCGGGGAGAACAUUGAGGACGACCGCCCACUUCCUCCCGCCGUGGCAGGUGUCGAAGCCGCUGGCCAUUCUUUCGUGUCUUCGGCGCAGCAUCACGCAGAAGCAGGCCAUUACGGAGGCCAUGGAGGAGCUCAGGACGGCCUGGGCUUGCUGAGCCCCAGCAGCUCCUUCCAGCCGCCUGGGUCCAGCUCAGGCACGAGGGCCGGCACCUUGAAGGACGACAGCGCUCGGCUGAGCAGCGGCAUGGAUGUGCCGCCAGCGGCGCAGUCGACAGCUCGAGCCUCCACGAUCACGAAGGAUCAUGUGCGGGCUGAAGUCUUCGGCAAGCUGCAAGAGCAAGGACAAGUGUUCUGUGACGAGCUGCCGCGCGGCUUGGAGCUCUGUGGCUUCGUCGGUAUCAAGAAGGAAUGGGUUCAGUCAGAGCGCGACAAGGUGACCAAGUCCGCCACCAUGGAGCUGGAAGAGUUCCUCGAGUUCGUGAAAGGCUAUGAGGUCCUGCAAGAGAAGGCUCACAAGGACGCCUUCCUGGAGGCAGAUCUCGAUCAAUCCGGCACCGUGGAGUCUGCCGAGCUGGCGGAGGUUCUCGAGAAACUCCACAUUGAGCCUAUGACUCAUGUGCUGGAUGAAGUCAUUCGAGAGGUGGACGAGGCAGGACACGGCGAGCUGGUGUACGAGGAGUUCAAGCACCUCAUGGACUUGCUAAUCCUUCGGGAGGGCUUCACUAGCAGCGAGUACGACCAGUUCAUGGAGAUGUUUGCAAGGUUCGACAGAGACAAUUGCGGCAACAUCGAUGCGCAAGAGUUCCAUGCGGUCUUGAAUUGGCUGGGCUAUGCUAUGACACUGGAGGAUCUGCUGCCGAUUAUGAAGGAUUCAAACGUCAAGCUGACGGGUGUGAUGAACCACCGUGAGUACUUGAGGUGCCUCCGCAAGGUGCGAGAGCACGAGCUACAGAAGGUCCGUCGCGUGCUGGCCACCAUUUCAGGGCAGAAUACCAAUGGCACCAUCUGCCUACAGCAGUCCGAUGUCCCGGUCGUUCUGAAGCAGCUGGGGUACGACAUGUGGGACAAUCAGGCCAUCAGCGAGGCUGCAUCGGAAGCUGGGCUUCGGGGAAUGAGCACGCUGGACUUGAGUGCUCUCUGGCGGCUUUUGCUGGUCUACCGCCAGCGAGAGGGCAUGCGGAACGAGGAGCUGCAGAGCAUUGAUGCAGCUUUCCGCAGGAACGAUCAGGACGGCUCAGGCGAGCUGAACUCCCUGGAGGUGCCAUCUGCUGUUCGCGACCUUGGCUACAAGGUCAGCUUCGAGGCCAUGCAGAGUGUCCUGCGGCAGGUGGAUGUGGACGACUCUCAUCGACUAGAGCCGCGACAGUUCCGCAAGAUGGUCCGCAUGCUGCAGGAGCGCGACAUGGUCUGCUUUCAGCAGGCCUUUGAUGAGCGCGAUCCAUGCAGUUUGAAGGUCAUCACUAUGACGGAGGCGGUUCAGGCCUUCGCAGGUCUUGGCUUUGAAAACAAGGAGUACCUCCGCAAUGUGGACAUGCCCUUGCCGCUGCCCGGGAUCGGUGUUGUAGUGCCCCGGGACGGCUUCUUGCGUGCAUGUCAGAAACAUUGUCGUGCGACUCGCGAGGCCAUCAAGAGAAACGGUGGCUGGACGGAUCCGGAGGUGCAGGAGCUGCGCUCCUUUUUCAAGCGCUAUGAUUUGGAUGGCUCAGGGCGAGUCACCAAGAACGAGCUGAUUCAACUCGUUGAGGAUGUGGUGCCAGAGCUCGCCAAAGAAAGGUCUAAGCGGCCGCAGCUCCUGGCUCUGCUGCGAGAGGCGGACCAGGAAGCCACCGGCAGCUUGGACUUCACUGCCUUCUUGAAGCUCCUGGGCCUCUUCAGCGCCUUCAAGGACAAAGAGCGGCUGAGGAAAGAGCAACAGGCCAUCCAGGAGACGGGCUUCAGCAACCAGGAGGUGGCUGAGUCUCGCGAGCUCUUCCUGAGUUCCCUCGGCGACUCGCAAGACCUGGGCUUUGAUGAGUUCCGGGCCAUGAUUCACGGAAUCACGCCCUUGAAUGACGCCCGCACGAAGCAGCUGGAGGAGAUCUUCGCCGAGGUCUGCAACAAGCAGCCGGAGGCAGACUUCCCCAACUUCCUGGUGCUGCUGAGAAAGCUGCUGGACCUCGACUUCGCAUCGAUCAAGGACAAAACCAGUGGACCUCUGCAAAAGUGA